AUGGAGAAUUGCAAGUCCACUUCUACACCUCUUGUGACGACAGAGCGUCUUUCUCGUGAUACUGGUGCAUCUUUAGGUACUGAAGAUUCUUUCCGGUACCGUAGCAUUGUUGGUGGUCUCCAGUAUUUGACUCUCGCUCGCCCGGAUAUUUCUUUUGCUGUCAACAAAGUGUGUCAGUUUCUGUCUCAGCCUAGUGAGAUACAUUGGGAAGCUGUGAAGCGUAUUCUGAGAUAUGUCAAAGGCACUUUGGACACAAGGCUGAAGUUUCGCAAAUCUUCAGCUAUGGGCAUUAGUAUAUUUACAGAUGCAGACUGGGCAGGUGAUGUUGAUGACCGUCGCUCCACUGGUGGGUACGCAAUUUUUGUUGGACCUAACCUUGUGUCAUGGAGCUCUAAGAAACAGCCUACUGUCUCAAGGUCCAGUACAGAGGCAGAGUAUAAGGCUCUUGCAAAUGGCGCUGCUGAAACUUGUGCGUAG